CUUAUAGGUCAGUAGAGCGGGCAUUUCUUCCUUCAAACUGAUCUCUUUUCCAAACAUAAAUAUCUAAGUUAGUUUGUUCUGCACAAGUUACCUUGGCAGUCUACCCCGGUAAGAAGUGAACUACUGUACCUCUGAGUCCUGAAAACCCAGAGUUAAUCCUGAAGUUACCUCCACAGCCGAAAAUCUUUAUUGCAGGCUUGUGUUGAACCUGAGUGCUGCUGAACUGGUUUUACGUCAUACCUGUACGGAGCAAAAAAAUAAUUUGACAAAGAAAAAGGUUGCACAUGUUCAUUGAUCGAGUCCAAAUCUCAAACUAUGUUCAGAUUCCCCUUUUUUUCGAUUCAAAUACUUGUGUGUGCCCCGAAGCCUUGCAACGCUUUGAAGUAAACAAUGUGUUUACGUGAGGCUCCAGGCGUUCACAUAGCGGUGCAGGACAUGCGCUGCUGUGCACAUGAUGCUCUCCAGUGAGGAGAGGAUAAAAGUAUGAGAACUCACUGAAACAGAAGGCCAAAGCGAGAGUUUGUGACGUCUCGAUACAAUACGUUAGCUUUGAAAAGUAAAACAUCUUUAAAACUUAACACAAACAUGUCAUCAAUAAGUGAACCUGGUUUGUCUCUGGAAGAAUGGAAAGUGUUAUAGAAAGCACAAAAUGGGCAAAAAAAACCUGACUUAUUAGUGGACUUUGAGCAGUGCAUGUCUUAACCUUUACCUUCAAGGUUUUUCACUUAUUAACCGUAAUACGUCUGGUGGAAAAAAAGUGAAUUAAGCAAUGUAUUUUUCCUGUUUGGCUUAAGGAUGGAACGCUCUUUCUCUGGCAGCGAAAGCCUUUAAAAUGCAGACUUCUAUACUGCUAAUGAACUGUUGGCUCUACAGUAGAGAUUAGUCUGAUGUCUCUUUCUGUCCUCGUUUGUUUUGUGUCUCGCAGGGCAAUCAGACUCUUUACCAGCCAUGUUGAACGAACGCAGCCCCCUGAUCCCCUCAGGGGUCUGCGGUUUGACCGUCGCCGCGGCAGCAGCAUGCGGCGCAAAGGCAGACUCUUCCCCGGACUCUGGCACCGACACGCCCACCAAAGACCCCCGGCAACUGGACACUUUUUUUGGCGUGAUGGUGCCGACCAUCCUCUCCAUGUUCAGCAUUAUUCUGUUUCUGAGAAUGGGGUUUGUGGUGGGUCAUGCGGGGCUGUUACAGGGACUCUUAAUGGUGUUUGUAGCCUACACCAUUAUAUCCCUUACAAUAUUGUCCAUCUGCGCCAUUUCCACCAAUGGUGCUGUGCAGGGCGGUGGUGCCUACUACAUGAUAAGUCGCUCUCUGGGCCCGGAGUUUGGAGGAAGCAUUGGUUUGAUGUUCUUCUUAGCCAAAGUAUGUGCAUGUGGAGAAUACGUUCUUGGACUUGUUGAGGCCAUCCUCGAUGUCUUUGGGAGAAAUCCUGACACACAUCUGGGUGAGGGGUUCCGCGUGCUCCCUCAUGGUUACUGGUACACGGUGCUGUACUCAUCGGUAGUCCUUCUGCUGUGCCUGAUCGUUUGUCUCGUGGGCGCCCACAUCUACUCCCGCACCGCUUUCGUCAUCCUGCUGGUGGUCACCGCAUCCUUGCUGUCCAUCUUCAUCAGUUCUGUGGCGGUCAAACCGUUCGAUUUUAUCAUAAGCCACGCGGGACCUGGUAACCAGUCCACCCAGUUCAACGCCAGCUACACAGGCUUCAGCUCUACCACUUUGAGAAGAAACCUGAACUCCGAUUACUCGUUGGACUACAGCACCAACACCGUCAUGUCCUUUGCCACCGUGUUUGCCGUCUUUUUCACCAGCUGCACUGGGAUAAUGGCUGGAGCCAACAUGUCAGGGGAGCUGAAGAAUCCAAGUGUUGCCAUCCCUAAAGGCACCAUCUCAGCAGUGUUUUACACAUUCACGGUCUAUGUCCUCCUCCUCCUCAUGGUCAGCGCCACCUGUGACAGGACCCUGUUGAUUCAGGAUUAUGGGUUCUUGCAGAAAAUAAACGUCUGGCCACCAUUAGUCACCAUCGGGAUAUACUGCGCUUCACUGUCAGCUGCCAUGUGUUCUUUAAUCGGAGCGUCCCGUAUCCUUCAUGCACUCGCUGUGGAUCACCUAUUCGGUUUGCCGUUAGCGCCCGCCGCCAUCACGUCAAGCUCGGGGAACCCAUGGGUGGCUGUGCUGUACACCUGGGGCCUGGCACAAUGUGUAGUGUUCGCAGGCGAGCUCAACUCGGUAGCAGCCUUGGUGACUGUUUUUUACUUGCUUGCCUACGCUGCCGUCGACCUGGCCUGUUUGGCUCUGGAAUGGGCAUCUGCACCAAAUUUCAGGCCGACCUUCCAACUCUUCUCCUGGCACACUUGCCUUCUGGGGAUCCUGAGUUGUUUGGUGAUGAUGUUCGUCAUCAACCCCGUUUAUUCCUCGGGCAGCAUAGUCCUCCUGCUGGUGCUGCUGCUUUUCCUCCACUACAGAUCACCCACCAGCAGCUGGGGCUACAUCAGCCAGGCUCUCAUUUUCCAUCAGGUGCGUAAGUAUCUGUUGAUGCUGGACGUGAGGAAAGACCACGUGAAGUUCUGGAGGCCGCAGGUGCUGUUAAUGGUGGCCAACCCUCGCUCUUCCUGUCAGCUCAUCCUGUUUGUCAACCAGCUGAAGAAGGGAGGACUGUUCGUGUUGGGCCACGUGCAGCUGGGAGAUCUGGACACCGUGCCUACAGACCCGGUCCAGCAGCAGUACAACUUCUGGUUGAGCCUGGUUGAUAAACUGGAUGUGAAGGCCUUCGUGGACCUCUCGCUGUCCCCCUCUGUCAGACAGGGAACACAGCAUCUACUGCGAAUCACAGGCCUCGGUGGCAUGAAGCCCAACACCCUGAUUUUGGGUUUCUAUGACAGCUGCACUCCGGACGACUUCUUCCUGCAGGACACGGCCUUCUGCAACUCUUCCAUGGGACAAGGGAGCGAGGGCGAGUAUAAUUUCGGGGUCGACCUGCCGUCUUUGCAAGCCCACUUCCCCCCGGUCCGACACGUUGAGAGCCCGCGCUCGCUGUCUCCCGAGGAGUACGUAGGGAUCAUCUCCGACGCCUUAAAAAUGGGCAAGAAUGCGUGCCUUGCCCGCUAUUUCUUCCAGUUGGAGGGAGAGGAUAAAGAUAGCAAGGUAGAUGGCUCGGAGCGGACUAUCGACGUGUGGCCUCUCAACCUGCUCCAGCCGGGCAGCCGUGAUUACGAGGACGUGUGCAGCCUCUUCCUGCUGCAGAUGGCCUGCGUGCUCAACAUGUCUCACAAGUGGCGCCGCGCGAGGAUGAGAAUCUUUCUGAACGUGGAGACCGAGUCCAACGACCAGGGCUGGGUGGUGAACGAGGAGGCGUUCAGAGAGCUGCUGAGGAAGCUGAGGAUCAGGGCGUCGAUAAAGAUCGUGCCGUGGGACACUGUGGUGCAGCAUCACAUCGAGCCGGUCGAAGAACCGAAACACGUUCUGUCGGAGGACUUCCUGUCCGCGGUGAACUGCAUGCUGCUGGAGCACAGCUCACAGGCCGCCGUCCGCUUCCUGUAUCUGCCUCGGCCUCCUGCUCAGCGUGGCCACUCGCAGCAGUAUUUGGCUCACUUGGAAGCAGUCACUAAUAACCUGGGGCCAACGCUGCUGAUCCACGGCGUCACCCCGGUCACAUACACAGGACUGUGAGCAUGAGCAGUCCUCACUUCUCAUCUCAUUCGAUAAUGUACACGAAGCAGCAGCUUAUCUGUCCACUUAUUUUAGCACUAUAAGAACUCUUCAUGUAAAAUUGACACAAAACUGAAUGAAACUCGGAGGUUGGGGGGGUAGGUAUGAUGUUUUACAGAAGCGCAGGAAAGGACCACACUUGAAUGCAUUUUAAACGUUAAACACCACUCGACAACACUUCCCACUUUUUGCGCUCAGUGAGGAUAGUUUCAAAUACUUGAAAAAUGGCUUUGCGAUUAAGCCAAGAAACGGGGCAAUAUGUGUGUCUGCCUGAUUUUAGUAAAUAUAAUAUCUUGUUGUCAUUAACUGUAGUACUGUCCUUAAACACAAGACAGUAAUGUGUCAAAGACUUUCGAACAAAAACAAUUUGUUUGAGCAUUACAGAUGAAGACAAAUAGAGUUGUCUGUAUAUAAUUGCAGGGAUGAAAUGAUGAAUUUGUAGAGUUUAUGUUACUUACCAUGAGAGCGUCUGACCUGGUUCACUUUCUCAAUGUAGCAGUGUUACCGGUAAUCGUGUUUUUUUUUAAACUCCUAGGGUUUAUUUUCUGCUUGCUUCUAAAUGUUCACACUUCUGCUGGUGUCUGCAGGACCAAUGAUGCAAAGACAUUUACUGUAUUAAUUACUGAUUUUAGUUUUGAAGCACCUGUGCAAACGCUCGUCCUGGUCACGUGUAAGCUCUUCAGUUUAGUUCACCUGAGCUCAAAAUAAUAAACACUGUUGUAUGUCCUAACUUAAGAAAACACACAUUUGUGAACAAUAAUGCAGACUGUCUAUAAUGCACAUAAUAACGCAGAUUGUCUAUAAUGCACAUAAUAACGCAGAUUGUCUAUAAUACAUCAGAUAAGAGGUGUAGUCAUGGUUACUGUAAAAGCCUCAGUCAGGACUUGGACCAAUGAUGAUUCAGACCAAAUGAAGAACGAUGCCAGAGCUUGUUUUACUCGAUUAAUUCACUACACAUACAAAAAAUGCACCAAAUAUUGUACCGCCCUCUUGUCAUGUUUCACUUGGACUUUUAAUAAAAACACAAAUAGUUGCUAAGAAAGCAAUCUGCCGCUUUGGCACGUUCCACAAUGAGAGAGCCUUAAAGGACGGACAUUUGUUACUGAAGAUGUACAUAAUAAAGGGCUGUUUGUCAAAGGAGUAAA